CUCCCCAAACAAGGAAGAGGCGAGCUCGCCCCGCCCCUUACGUGCGCGAGCGUCAUGGCUGUAACAUCAUGGAGGAGGAAAAUUCAUUUCCAAAACAGCUCUAACUUGUAGAGUAUGACCUCCAGGAAGACUGUAGCACGACACAACAACUGACUAAAUGGUGACAAAGGUAAGAUAAAAACGAAUAAAUGGUGUCUUUUGUGGGAAAUGUGAGAGCUGUGGAGAUUUAGGACGACGGUCACAGUCACGGGAGUCAAAUCUGAACCUCAUAAAACAUCUGUAAUGUUAGUGGAGCUUCCCCGACUUUAGUGCUUGUUCGUUUGACUUCAUUCUGAGUGUCUGAAAGUCUUUAAAUAAAAAUGAUCUUGUUUGUGAAUCGUGUCCUUGUGAUAUACUGUAUGUAAAUACUGUUUCGGGACUUAACGUAGGAUAUCCACUAUUUCAAAUCAAAGAAGAAUUAAAAAUUUAAGGGAACAUAGAUUCAUGUUAUCUAGAAUUACACAAGUCUAAUUAUUUAGAUAGAUCAUAAUAUCCAAUUAUCUGAAGAAUGUGAUAUGCCCCUUUAAGUGCAGGAUUAAUAAAGGUGCAUUGUUUAACCCCUAACAAAACAUUUGUGUCCACAACAAAACUACUGAAGUUGUAGGUCGCAAACCUGUCUCCUGAAAAAGCAUUUUGUUUUGUGUUUUUCAGGAGUUGAAGUGUAGACCUGAAUCUGAAGCAUGAGGCGUCUAUCACGAAAAAAAGCCCUAAGCUUGGUGAGGGAGCUGGACGCCUUUCCCAAAGUGCCAGAGAGCUAUGUGGAGACCUCCACAUCUGGAGGGACCGGUGAGAUGCUUCUCUGUAAAAUAAUAUGAAUUAUAAAACUGUCACAACAUCAGCAGUAACAGUAACAUACCUGUCUCUUCCAUAGUGUCCCUGUUAGCUUUUAGUGCCAUGGCUCUUCUGGCUUUCUUAGAGUUCUUUGUUUAUCGAGACACCUGGAUGAAGUAUGAAUAUGCAGUAGACAAAGAUUUUUCCAGGUAAGCUCUAAAAUCUUAAAUACUACACUUAACUUUCCUCUAAUUUUUAAACAUACAGUAAAAGACAGGAAAUAACCCAGAUACUACAAUAAUCUCACUAUUAUUUUUCAUCAUUUCCAGUAAAUUGAAAAUCAACAUUGAUAUCACUGUUGCCAUGAAAUGCCAGCGUGAGUAUCCAAUCGUUCUUCAACUUUCAUAAAGAUCAACCUAAGUACAUAAUAUGUGUUUAGUGAGUGUACUAAAAGAAUGCACUUUUUGAAUGUGCAUUUGCAGAUGUUGGAGCUGAUAUUCUGGAUCUGGCUGAGACUAUGAUCACAUCUAAUGGACUCCAGUAUGAGCCUGUGAGUAAAAACAAUCUCCUCAUCAGAGAUCAGGUUGAAUGUCUGCCUUAGAUUGUUUUUUUUUUGUGAUAACAUCUCCUCUUUUUUUAGGCUAUUUUUGAUCUGACCCCUCAGCAGAGACUCUGGCAGAGGUAAGCUUUACAGAAAUCAAACAGGGAGAUGUAAAUUCGAAGGACAAGGUCUUUGUAAAUUAAGUAGAAAAACUUAAAGUGAUUUUGCUCAUUGGGAUCCCUUGUCCUGAGAUAAGUUAUGAGGCAGUUUUUUAAGAGUUUAGCAUCAACCAGAGAAACUUGCAGGACUACAUUCUUGAUCUAGUUUUUGUACAGGUGAUGCAGGGUGUACAGUUUCUGGCUUAGUGAGUCUGUUUUUUUUCCCUCUCCCAGGACACUUAUUCUCAUACAGAGCCGACUGAGAGAGGAACACGCUCUUCAAGAAGUGCUGUACAAAACUCUGCUCAAAGGGGGUCCCACUGCCCUGCCUCCACGGUGGGUUACAUGUGCAGAAAAACUGUAACUGGUUUAAAAGCAAAAACAAUUGGGAAAAAAAGGAGAAAUGUUAUCUUCUCAACUGUUCUUUGUAUAGGGAGGAUGCAUCCAUGGAGCCACUCACUGCUUGCAGGAUACACGGCCAUGUCUAUGUCAAUAAGGUGGCAGGAAACCUACACAUCACUGUUGGAAAGUACGGAACUGAAUGUAAAAAUGUGCAAAUUUAGCUGCUAAAUUUCUGGGAAUUCAAAAAGUUUAAUCAAUUUAACGACUCCAGUUCUUUUCUCACUCUUUUCCAGGCCCAUUCACCAUCCUCAGGGUCAUGCCCACAUUGCAGCUUUUGUGAGCCACGAUUGUAUGCAACUGCUUCCUAUUACUCUUGCCUGUGUUUUAUUUUUUAUAAUCUCAUGGUGCAAACCAAGUAAUGCUGCCUCUCCUUCCUGAGAAACGGCUUGAUUUAAAAGAAUAGAGACAGAAAGUGCAGUUAUUUUCUACAGUUUCACUCAGCUUGCUCAGUGAUCCUACACAGCUCUGAUUGAAUCCCAGCCUCCUCUCAUCUUUGCAUUCCAGCGUACAACUUCUCCCACCGAAUAGACCAUUUAUCUUUUGGCGAGGAGAUACCCGGCAUCAUCAAUCCUCUAGACGGCACAGAGAAAAUCACCUCUAACAGUGAGUUACUGUUAUUUUUCGAGAGAGGAGAGGAUAAAACAUAUGAUAGAGUCACAUUCGGAUCAGAGGACCUUCACGGUCUGAGUGUGAGGCAGAAUGAAUGCUUCAUUAAGAUAUUUACUGAAUGCUUGAGCUAGUUUUUCCAUCUUGACACUGGUUUUAGAAAGCUAUAUUGAAAAAAAUGUUCAUGUUGCUCUUUGCUCUUUUCGCUGCAGAUAACCAGAUGUACCAGUACUUCAUCACAGUGGUUCCAACCAAACUGAAUACAUACAAGAUAUCAGCAGAAACGCACCAGUUUUCAGUCACAGAACGGGUCAGAAAAGAGUCAUUUAAACCUCAAAAACAUCACUCAAUGCUUUCCAAAAAACUCAGAAACAACCAAAAGUGAUGAAGAAGAGGACACUGUCAAGAUACUAAUAAUAAGACUGCGUAUUUUUCAGGAGCGGGUGAUUAACCAUGCAGCUGGAAGCCAUGGUGUUUCAGGCAUCUUUGUGAAGUACGACACCAGCUCUCUGAUGGUGACAGUCAGCGAGCAGCACAUGCCACUGUGGCAGUUCCUGGUGCGACUUUGUGGCAUCGUUGGAGGGAUAUUCUCCACCACAGGCAAGUAUGGUGCCAUCUGAAAGCAUGUCUGGAUCAUUAAUGUUUGUGCAGAUGGAAACAUGGCGGGAAAAUGCCUGGCCAAGGUUACAUCCAGACACUAGAUUAUAGACUCAACAGCGACUGGUUGUAUCAAGAGUCAAUAAGUAAUUCAGUGUAGUGUUUUCAUCAUUAAAGGUAUGCUCCAUGGGCUUGUUGGCUUCCUUUUUGAUGUUGUCUGCUGUCGCUUCAAACUUGGAGUCUAUCGGCCCAGAGAGGUAAGUCCACCACAGCCCAGUAGUCUCCCCUGGCAAAUUAACAGCCUAACUAAGAUCACUAUUUCUAUAUAUAGAAAUAUAUGUAUAGAAAAUGUCAUCUGUGUCUAUUUCAGGAUGUGCAGCCACAUAACCAAAUGAACAACCUGAACAAUCACCAGACUCCCCUGUUGGCUGAAGAUCUGUUGGCUGAAGAUGUCCCUCAGGAGUAGACGUCUUUUCAACCACCAUCAAACUGCUGAUCUGCCUUCUGAAUGGUUCAAGAGUAAAAGCUCCACCAUCAGAGACUUCUCUGUGAUAUUUAAUGUUGUUCUGUGUGUGAACAGUUGUUUUCUAACUUUCUACAUUUCCAUUUGUCAUGAAGUUGUUUUUCUACUGAAAAAAGGCAGAGCUGUCUAUUCCACAUUGUGCUGCUAACUUUGAAAACCAGUAAAGUUUUUCUCAGACCCAUGACAAA